GGGGGGGGGGGGCAAGGAACGGCCCAUGUCGCAGAAGGCCCGUGCGGGUGCGCUUGCUCCACGCCUCCACCUCGGCCGCCAUUCUCCCUCCUCGCGUGCUCUCUCUCACGUCGGCUACCGCCGCCGCCCUCCGCCAGCUUCCCAGCAUCCCAGGUCUUCGUCAGGCCCUUCUCCGGCGAGAGCACUCAGAUCGUGAACCUCUACAGCCUAAAGAUGGCGGGAUUCAGAAGCCUUGCACCCAAGACCAGGAACCUGGUGGUGGCUGGGGGACUGUCUGCCUUCGUGCUCGGGGUCUACUACUACACCAUGAGAGCAGUGGGAGGCACGGACGAGCUGCAGGUGGCGAUUGACAAGUUUGAGGAGAUGAAGAAGAAGGACGCUGCCAGAAACUCCAACCCAGGAGGAUCAUAAACACGCCCUUCCCUUCUCUGUACUAAACUUGGAUCUGCAGGCUGACAUGAAUGAUGCGAUAGUCAAGUCGCUCAAUAGACCAAAACCAUGCAUGCUUCUGCUACUGUGUAAUAAGUAAUGGGUGGUGCUCGUUAUCAGAAGAUAGAGCUUGACAGCUUGUGCUUUGAGGAGAGAUGUACACUCGAAUGUUUUGAUCCUAAUAUAAAGUGGCCGCAAUGUCUGAAUUUUCCUGAUA